UUCUUUCCAAGUUAAUUUCCUCUCUAUUUCUUUCCUGAUUUCCUCUCUAUAGACCACCCCUUCUCCUCCACUAGUCCUCCUCACAUUUCUCUCUCUCUCUCUCUCUCUCUCUCUCUCUCUCUAAUCUUGCUCAGUGCCUUGCCUGGCCUUGUGCCUCAUCAGUCGCUCAGUAUUGUGUGGAAGUACAUAAGAUAUAAUGGGUGGAUGCUGGUCUAUAGUCCUCGUCAGGGGGACUAGUUCUAGCGGAAGAGAUGAUGAUGAAUCGUCGUCCACUGCCAAAGUAAUCUACAUGAACGCAAGUGUCCACGAAUACCCGGUUCCCCUUAAUGUCUCCGAAGUCCUUGAGGCCGACCAAUCGUCGUCUUUGUUUAUAUGUCAUUCCGACAGUUUGUAUUACGACAGUUACAUUCCGGCAUUAGAUUCCGAAGAUCCGCUGGAGGCCAAUCAGAUCUACUUUGUACUCCCCAGAUCCAAGCUUCAAAGCCGCCUCAGUGCCACCGAUAUGGCGGCCCUGGCGGUUAGAGCCAGCCUCGCCCUCCAGAAAAUUAAUACCAAAGCAUCUUCUUCUUCUUCCUCCUUCAAGAAAGAAAAGGGAAACAAAAAGGAAAAUAAGGGAAGCGGAUACCGUAAUUACAAAAAGGCCCGCAUUUCUCCGGUGAUUGAGAUGAAUAAUAAUAAAUAUGCAAACUCGUCGGCCGAGGGCGACGGAGGUGAUUUGAGCAUGAAUGGAUUAACGAUUGGAGGUGGAGGGUCAUUAGCGUACAAAGGCCAGAAGAUGAUGAGUUGUAGCGGCCGCGGCGGUGGGUCAUCGUCGGUUAGGAAAUUGCGGAGAUACACAUCGAGAAAGGCAAAGUUGGCUACUCGUUCUUUUAGGCUUAGAUUGUCAACCAUUCACGAAGGCUCCGUCCUCUGAUCAAUUCCCUAUGAUUCAGUUUCACCCUCGCUAAUUACUUCCGGUUUUGUAAAUUUAUAACCGUAUAUUGUACAUUAAAAAAUGUUAAGAGUAUACAAGUCAUCAAUUUAGUUAUUGAUAAAUUAAGAUUGAGAAUUAUGAUUUACCACCUUAAAUUUGGGCUCAAUUACAACUUUAUACAAUAUCUUGAAAACAUUUCAAUCGUACAUUUACUUUUAUUUCAUUUCAA